UGUAAGCCCAUGGGAGCAAUCUCAGAUUCCCUUAGUAAGCGACCUGAUUUCUGAGGUCUGGUGUGUGAAACGGGCGAUGGACCGAUUGACCCAAAUAAGGAGAUACAAUUUUAUUUCAGAAACGCUGAGAGAUAUCAUGAACAGGUUCCCGGACGACCCUUACGAUCGCGUUUGGAAGCCCUUGACGGAUCCCUCCUGGUCCAUCUUGUCCUCCAUCUCGACGGUGAACAAUAGCGGCAAUAUGUUUGAGCCGCCGUCCGCCGUGAUGCAGACGGCGGUGACUCCGGUCAGUGGUUCGCAACUGGCCUUCUCCUGGGACUCCGUCUCCCUCGACGACGAGCUUUACACCAUUCUGCACUUCACCGAACUCCAGAAACUGACGGGAAACGCGACGAGGGUGUUCAACAUCAACCGCAAUGGGCAUUUGUGGUAUAUCUCAUACAGUCCGCCUUACCGGUCGGCUGGCGGCAUGCACGACAUUGUGCCAUUUAAGGGCUCUUCUCGGUCUACUCGUUGA